AGAUUUCCACGUGCCAUAUUGUUAAGUGAUAUCUGGUAAUAGAUCAGAUCGGAAGUAAAUUGACAAAGAGACGGAGAUCCGAACGGACGAAAUUAAUUUUUUGUUGGACCGUUCGACGUCAAGUGGCGAGAAUAGAUUUGAUCGUCGAAUUGGGUCAAUAGGUUUGUAUAUUUGUUCUUUUCUUCUUCAAUGGCUGCCCUAAUUCAAGAGGUGCGAGAAGUUCACGCUUAUAAUCAUUGAAGCGUUCGAGCGUUCAUCUUUUGGGAGACAGAUUUUUCUUGAAACAAGAAAAAAAGAAAAAGAAGCUACAAGAUGCAGGGUAUUGAUGUGACUGAACAACUUGGUUUGGAUCGUUUUUCUGAGGCUCGUGAACUCAAGUUUGGUCCCAGCCUUACAAGUAGCAGUUCAAAAUUUCAUACCGUAAAGUAUGAUUUCAAACCUGCAAGUGUUGACAGUUCUAAAGUUGGUAAAGUUGAUGUGGGAUCAGAUAACAGUGUAACUGUUACAGUUCCAAAUUUAGAUGGUGCUGAAACUUCCCAUUGUGUAUUUAAAGGCUCUCAAAGACCUUAUAACAAAGAAUAUGUUCUGAUCAUUGAUCAAGUUACUGGAGAAAUUACAUUGGAGAGGUUAAGUGCAAAUAUCCAAGUUAAGAAAACACGAGAAGAACCUAAACGAAAUGUUAAUGCUACUUCCAUGCCAGUUGAUAUUAAAAAGAGCCCACCACCAAGUAGGACAAAUGGAAGAACCAAAGUUAUCAGUGGGAAAAAGAGGGAACCCUCGGUUCAAUUACAUCCCAAACAAAAUAGUCCACAGCAGGCAUCACCACAUGACAAAAGAAACACAACUAAUGUGCCUAUUAACAGUUAUUCGCCUGCGCAACCAUCAAGUCAGCCUUCAACUCUGGCCAGUUUGCCAAUGAUUGGGUCUGAUAAUGAUGACUUUGCACUAUCAACUCCAAUAAUGCCCAUAUCUUCCUCCAACCAGUUUUCAAAUACUUCCAUGUUACUUACAGCGCCAAAUACUAACUCGUCAACCUUAGAAAGUGACUCUAGUUCAAGCGGUUCGACUUCCGAUAGUUCAAGCAGCGAUUCGGAAGCGGAUAAUGUUGCAGUGCCGACGAGUAACGUUUCAGGGCACCUGAAUGGUACAAGUGCAUCGUUCUCGUUAUCCAUGCCGAAUACUCUCUUAAACGACGAUCUGAAAUUAUCGGAAUCGGAAUCUGACAGUGACUAACGUUACAUAUAGUUCUGCUUCUGAGGAAUAAUAUAAAGGUAUUAGGGAUUUUGAUAUUAUCGAUUACUCAAGUCAAGUCUGAUAAUGCACAGGCUUUGUAAUUUCAAAUGUCGUUCAUUUGUCAGAACUUUUAUACAAUUGCUUUAGCAAUAAUUUUAUCAAUUAUAAAAAUUGUUUUCUUUUGUUUUUGGAAGAUAACUUUUUUUCCAAAAAAAAAAACUUACGUUUUUGUAAGAUUUCAACAUCAGACUUGAGGUUGUAUGUAGAGUGAGCGUUAGACGUUACGUUUGUAAAUCCAUAUCUUGUGUAUAUUUUUUAAAUUGCAUUGUAAAUAUAUAAAUAUCUUUCUA